UCUCGUUAAGUCAUUAAUUUAUGACGAAUUGAUACUAAAGACAUCAUAAAAUACAUAUAAGGGAUUUUUAAUGCUUGAAGAUCUGAAAAUAAUUGUGAACUGAAGUAUCAGUGAUAAUUAUUCGUCUGACACAUAUUUGUUUUUGUCUCAACCAUAAUCUUUCUAUUUCCUGCUGAAAAUUAUGUUGGUAUUAUGUUAAUAGCAAAGAACUUAAUAAGAAUGAUUUAUCGUGUGAUCCAGGUGUGAUCGAGUGUUAUCAGUGGAGUGUUAUUGUGACAGCCAGUGACAGCAAACAGCAUUUUCGAGGGUUUUGUGUACGAGUAUUUGAUUUAAACGCUGCUGAAGCAGUUGGGAAUUCAAAUUGCGCUUUUUAGGUCGAUAUGAUGUUAAUAUAAGCCAGAAUUGCGAUAAUGCCAAAACAUAAGAUGAUUACCAAAAGUUGCCCAAAAUGUGGAUUGCAGAUGCCUGUAGCCUGCAAAACGUGCCCUUGUGGUCAUGCUUUUAUCACUGGUCGUAGAAGUGGAAGUUCCUCUGAUAAAGAUGAAGGUAUUCCUAAGAGGAGACGUACGGAGCGAGUGAAAAGAGAGAAACCUAAUUAUUAUGAUUCUCUGGAGUACGACAAGCAAAUGAAAAAGCUUCAGAAAAAAAGAAACAGAAGUAGCACAGAAGAACACACAGAACAAGCUGAUGAUGAUAGACAUCGAUUAAAGAAGAAAAGAAAGAGAUAUGUUAACAUAAGUGGACUACAGUUGCAUCAGUGCAUUAUGUUUAACUAAUAGGACAAUAUACCAACGGUUGAUUAUCACACAUUAGGUACCUAGAUGUUUUUGUGAACUUCAUAAUAUUAGGAAGUCUGAAUGCUUUUUUGAAUUCUCAUUAAUACUUGUCAUUUCAGAAAAAAGCAAUAUACUAUUUUAAUCAAUGAAGCAACAUUAUCAUCUUAACAAAUUUGUUCAAUGUUGACAGUUUUAAUCAUAAUAUAUUGAAGUAGCAUUGAUUGUCAGAGAAAUAAUGUUCUUAUCUUAAAUGUGUUUUAUUAUGGUGUUUAAGUCAAACUUGUAAAUUUCGUUACAAGACUUAAAAUUCAAAUAGCAUUAAAAAUUGUGAAAUGUCAUUAUUUUAAAUUAAUACUUGCUUUUAAGUUAUAAUUUUACCCACGUAAGGUGCUAUUUCAAUGAAGAGCAAUUAACUAUUAAAAAUUUUUAAGAGAAAAUAUUAUUAUUACUUCUUCCAAAAAUGUAAAACUAAGAUAAAAUAGCACAAUUUGCAACUGGGGCAUAACCUGAAAAGCUUUUUUUUAAGGACGUGCGUUUGACAUUUCUAGUGUAUGAAAUACAGUAAGUGAUGCUACACAGUAGCGUAACGAAAUGAGUGUAGGCCCGCUCGCAAGACUUUUAUCCGGGCUCUCUUUAUAAAAGAGUACAGCAAACACAAGUAGUUUUAGUACCUUAAAUAAUAAAAAUAUGCUUUAACAAAUUCAUGUUCAUGAGACUAUGAUUACUACCUAGACACACGCAAUACUUUCAAUCUAAAACUUUCACCCCCAAAAUAGGCUCUUUUUUACCAGGACCCACAUGCAUUGUGGGUCUGAACGUUUCACCAUUGGUACAAUAUCUCUACAAUUCACUUUUUUAUUACUUCCUUAUUUAUCAGUAAGUUGACCUCGUAAAUAUGAAGGGGCCCUCUGAAGAUUUUUAAAUUUGUAAUUAAUUCUUACUUGGUAAAAAAUUUUGCAUUUUGACCAGAAAAUUGUCUUGCUGAAAAGAAUGUUGAAACUUAUUGCCUGAGCUAUCACAACUUUCUUAUUCAUUACAAUUAUCAUAAUAAUGGAUUUUGUCACUACCAACUUCAUAUUUUAUCACGGUCUUUCGUUUUGGUCUUCCUCUGAUAGUUUAGAAUUUCCUGAAAGUUUGCACGUUGAAAUUUGUCAGUCUUUUAUCUUGCCCGACUAAAGAAUAUUCCCUUUUGAAUUACCACAUUUUCUUCCACUCCCUCUCUUGUUCAUGGCUUCUGAUUCUUUGACAGUUCUUUCAUGUUUUUUAACAGAAUAUUCUUCAAAUUUUGCAAAAUUUAAUGUUUGCGUGGUAGUGUGAACUACGCACUCGUUUAUCUCUGUGCGUGGAGAGAGCGACAAGUUCCCAAGUUUAAGUUUCUGCAAACAAAGUGUUUUUAUCUAGCUGCCUUUGUAGCUGGAGGUAGAAUACGUCACAGUUAUAAAAGAUAUUUUCUUCAAUAAUUAGUAUUUCUUAAAAGGUCAGUAAUUUCUUUUUAUAAACACUAUAUUUCUCUGAGUAAGGAAAAAAUAUAAGUUUUCUAAAAUAAAAAUGUAAGUUAAAACUUACAUUUUUUCCUUACUCUGUCUUUUUGGACAACAGCAGUCACUGUUUGUCUACUUUUGACUUCAUUGAAUGCUGAUAAGUCACAGAGAUCUGAAAUUUUGUUGUGUAAAAACUACAUAUUUUCAAGGCUUUUGAAUUUGGUCAAACAUUUUUCCUUCUUUGUUUGGAUAAUGUAGGAAACAAAGAAUCAAAGCGAGUCAUAAAAUUCAUAGAUUUCAAAGAAAUCUUCAUAACCAAGAAUAAUGCAAUUUUAUGAUUAAUAAAGAGAAAGAAAAAUUAAAAAGUUGUGUGCAUUUAAAAGUACUGUUGCAUAUGACUAAUAGUCAAGACAUUUAACCGGGGGUGCAGCCAUUUCUCGGGGGCCCCAGUGCAGAAAGUCCAAAUGAGGCCUGUCAUUGCUAUCGAAAACUUUAUUGAGGGUCAGUGAGGAUCCUAAUUGGAAGCCUUUGACUUUGAGUUCCCAGGGUUGUGCGCCGGUUGCAUCAGCCUAGGUAAGCCACUGAAUUUACUUUUAAUUUAACUCUGUGAUGCAGAGUUGUUUUUAAGUUCUAAAGAUAAUUAUUUAAUAGUGCCAGUCUUUCAUUUAUGAAUGUAAUAUUUGUAAAAUUGAUUAAAUAAAAAGGAAUUCUAAAGAACAGAAGAAUAUGUAAAAAAUAAUUGAAUUGUGAAGGACCUGACUUCAAAUCAAUCGAAAGUGUUUGUUCGACUUCAAGGAAAUUGAGGCGAUGAGGAGUAUAUAUUUUCUAUAUCAGAAAGUGUGUAAAAAAUCUCAUUUAUUGUUUAUCAGAAUAUUUUUUGAGAUGGAGAUUAUUGUUUCGGAAAGAUAAUAGAAGACUGUGAAAUUUGUUACAUUCUCUUAAUUUUUUAUCAGUUUCAUUUUAUUAAAGAGUUUUUUAUUAAUAUGAGCUUUGAAAGUGCAAUUUCUUAUGAACCUUGUACCUGUCAGUGAAUUUUAUAAGUUCUUUGAAAGCUUGUUUGUGUAAAUAUACGUGCAUGUGGACAAAUGUAAUAAAAACAUUAUUUUAUGAUUGCUAUUGUAGAUGUUUUAAAAAGUUUUGUAGUAUUGAAAUAAAGUGACUCUAACAGUGUA